ACAUGUGGCUUUGUGUGGAAAGAGCUUGAUGAUGUUUAUGUAUUUCCUCACAACUAUUAGACCAAUGAAAAUUGCGCUCACUUUCAAAAUGUCCAAUCAGGUAUGACACGGGUUUUUCCACUGAAAUUAAACAGACCUCAUCACUUCGCUGUCUCAUUGUCUGAGCAGCAACAAUGAUCACACUCAUCAUCGCUCUUUGCCUGCUUACAACAGUGAACACUGACAUCUCUGAGGUUCAGGUACAAACUGUGAGGAGUGGAAGUAAUGUUACCAUACAAUGUGACCAGACCACAGACAAAGACCAUAAAAAUCUUUUAGCUUGGUAUAAACAGAGUUUAGGAAAAGUGCCAGAGUAUGUUGUGAGAUCAUUUGAGGAUGGAAGGAAACCCAGAUUUACACCAGGGUUUAGCGAUGGACGUUUAACUCUGGAUGAAGAAGCAUUUGGUCUCAAUAUUAAUGGAAUAAAGGAAGAGGAUACAGGACUAUAUUUCUGUGGAGAAGUAAAGCAGAAUGCUGUAAUGUUUAGAUCUGGGACUCUUUUACUUUUUCAAGCUGAGAACAUCCACCGUCCUGUGACUGAAAUGGUUAUCAAGACUGGAGAGUCUGUUACUCUCCAGUGUUCAGUACAAUCUCUUACUCCAGACUGUUCAGGAGAACACAGUGUGUACUGGUUCAGACAUGGAUCAGGAGAAUCUCAUCCAGGAAUCAUUUACACUCAUGGAAACAGGAGUGAUGAGUGUAAGAGAAGCUCUGAGACUGAUUCUCCUACACAGAGCUGUGUCUACAAACUCCCCAAGAGAAACCUCAGCCUCUCUGAUGCUGGAACUUACUACUGUGCUAUGGCUGCAUGUGGACAGAUACUGUUUGGAGAUCUAACUAAAGUUACUGUACAAGAAAAUAGCAGUUGGAUUUUCAUCAUCUCGAUAACACUGAAUGUAAUAUCUCUUAUUGUGAUCAUGACUCUGAUUGGAGUUCUACUUAAGAGUCAAAAAAAUGGUGCUGUCGCUGGCCGUUCAGGCCACACUGAUCAGGCUGAUCACACAGAUAUCUUCAAUGCUGUCCUUAGUUUUGCUAAGAGAGUGAAGGAAAGUCAAGACCUGUUUUCACGAGUAGAAUAUAGCUGAUGGGAAAUGGUGCAGACUAAAAAGAUCCAACUGCAAAGAAAUAAUUGCUGUGAGUCACAGCUUCUUCAGUCAGGCACAGCUACAUGUGACCAAUGUAGCAUAAUUAAGACUCAUUUAAUCUAUGUGUAGUGGAUCAUUUGUACAUCAACUGCAAAAUUGUGCCCCUUUUUUAAUUUUUGCGAAUAUUUUCAAUAAAAUCAUUUGUUUCUUGCAUAAAAAAAGAAAAAUGUAUUGUGUUUAUGUUUAAUUAUGAGUUGAAUUGAGUAAUACACAAUACUUAUUUUGUUUGACUUUCAUUAGCACUGGAUGUCAGUGUAAAGUAUGUAAAAGCCAUCAAGUCUUUUAAUUAAAGCUUUCCCACUAAGAAUAUUCAUAAUGUUGUAGCGUUGACACAUGAGCACCAGAGCAUGCCAUUUUUCUGCUCAAGGAAAAUGCUCUUUUAUUGAACAAAGCACACAAGGUCUUUGAAUUGCAGGGAAAAUAGCUUGAAGGUCACCUACAGCCAUACAACAUCCGCUCACAGUGACCAC